AUGAUGUCCCAGAGUGGAUACAUCAACUUUUAUGACAGUUGCGAGCAGAGUGACCGAUACAUAAAAGAAGACCCACACUCGGUUUCUUUGAUUCCCCAGACGAUCAGUUUGGAUUCUCAACACGAUUAUCUUCGUCGAUCGGACUCACUCUUUGCGAGAUCUCCUCCUCCCAAAGUCCAGGUCGAAACGCUCUUCAAACCUUCUUCUUGUCUGCUUACCUCUCAAGUCGACGACCAAUUAGCGGUGACGUAUGUAGGAACGUUAACGGAUACCGGAAAACAAUUCGACGCUGCUGAGGACCGCAAUAGUCCAUUCGUCUUCAAACUCGGCGUUGGAGAGGUUAUCAAAGGUUGGGAUCAAGGAAUGAUGGGUAUGUGUGAAGGAGAAAAGAGGGUGUUGAAAAUCCCAUCCGAGUUGGCUUAUGGACAUGGUGGUGCCGGGAAUGAUAUUCCUCCAGAUGCACCAUUAACAUUCCGGGUCGAAUUAAUCAAAAUCCAGAACCGAAAAUCGAAGCCAAGUAAACUGGAGAUUCAGACGACGUUUCAGCCUGACUCCUGUCCGAUGAAAUCCAGGGAUGGGGAUCAAAUGGCAAUGACAUAUGUCGGAACGUUGAAAUCUAAUGGGAUUCAAUUCGACGCCAUCAAAACCCCAGACCAUCCUUUCGAAUUCAAACUCGGAGCUGGUCAGGUUAUCCAGGGAUGGGAUCAAGGCUUGAAAGAUAUGUGCAUUGGCGAACGAAGGAGACUGGUCAUUCCUUCUUCUAUGGCGUAUGGUGCUCGUGGUGAAUCAUCUGCCAGUCCGCCAAUUCCACCUAAUGCUGAUCUGGUUUUUGAUACCGAGCUCAUCGACAUCCGCAAUAGGCCUCACAAGCCUGAUACUGGUCAUGAUGAAGGUCGUUGGGUUUGGAGGUGGUCCGUGAUCGAAAGUCUGGGCUACUUCCUCGAAUGCUUCUUAAUCUUCUUUUAA